AUGUCUCAGCCAUGGGACUACAUAGCGAAGAUUGUCUCGCUCGGGGACUCUGGAUGCGGUAAAUCAAGUCUCACAGUCCGCCUCUGCGAAGGCCGCUUCUCACCACACCACGAUGUCACUAUCGGCGUCGAAUUCGGGUCGCGCAUAGUCCCUGUCGGACCACCCGCAUCGCUCUCUCUCAGCAUCAACAACCCCUCCAAAUCCGCCCCACAACCGUCAGCGAAAGACGCAGCAAAGCAACAACCGCAGAAGCACAUGAAGCUAUCAUUAUGGGACACGGCAGGCCAAGAAACGUACAAGAGUAUCACAAGAAGCUACUUCCGCGGCGCAUCAGGCGCACUCCUCGUCUUCGACAUUUCGCGCAAGAACACAUUCCUCAGCGCAACGAGCUGGCUGCACGAUCUGCGGCAAAUAGCCGAGGAAGGCAUUGUAGUGGUCUUGGUCGGUAACAAGAGCGACUUGGCGUCGUCAUCAACAGUCUCGGACUCAGAAGCAGACAACAAGCGGCAAGUCACCAAGGAAGAGGCGGAAGAAUGGUGCAAAGCAAAUGGCGUCAUGGAGUACGUCGAGACGUCCGCGAAGAACGGCGAGGGGGUAGAGAGGGCGUUUCUGGAAGUCGCCGAGAGGAUAUAUCAGAAUAUCGAGGCCGGCAAAUACGAUUUGAACGACCGGAGAAGCGGUGUCAAGGGCCCUGGAGCUGGGGGCGGGAAUCGAGCGGGUGUAAACUUGGGUAUGAACGAUGCAGCGAAGAAGGGGAAACAGCAGGGCUGGGGAAGCUGUUGUUGA